AAGUUGCAGCAGGUCUCGCUAUCCAACAAAGAAUUCUCAUAUAUUGAUCUGGGCACAAACGAUAUUAAGAUUAGUGCGGACGAAUGCCACCGUAGCCUCUUCGGCAAAAUCGUUGGCGACAGGAUAACUAGUUGGAUUGGCGUCAAACGAGCCAUGAGUCAAAUUUGGAAGUUAAGCCAACCUAUGGAGAUCAAAGAGCUGGGCACUAACUACUACCAGUUCAUCUUUCAAAGCAACGAUGACAAAGACAAAGUGGCAAGAGGUACCAACUGGACUUAUGACAAUCACUAUCUCAUUCUAUCAGAAUGGAAAAGGGGGCUUACAAUCAACCAUUCCACUUUCAAAGAACUUAAUCUUUGGGUCCAGGUGUUUAAUAUUCCUUUAGAUUGGCUCAGUACUGAAGUUGGUCUGAAGAUAGGGAAAGUUUUCAAACAAGUGAAAAAUGUUGUUAUUGUUGGUGCUGGAAGUCACGGUGGAAGAAUCAUGCGUCUCCUAGUUACAGUAGAUUUUCAAGAGCCACUCCCUCGUUGUGCUAAGCUCAGGCUAGAAGACCAAACAGUUAGUGCAGGCUUCAAGUAUGAAAAGCUGGUUAACCACUGCCACUACUGCGGAUUCAUAGGUCAUUUGGAUCGGAAUUGCUCACUUAGGCUGAAAGAUAUCAAAUCUCACUCUCUUCAUGAGGGACAGUAUGGAGCAUGGAUGAGGGCCACUGAAUACAACAGAUGGGCAGGACAUCACUCUACAGGUUCCCAGAGUCCUCCUCGCAAUGACAGUCCAACUUUUCCUAAGCACUCGGAAUCUCAAACUCCCAUCACCACAACUCCUGGAAAUGAUAGCAACAAAAUUCUCUCGAUUGAAGGCUCGCCUUCCCAACUCAACAAGAAAUACUCUAUAGCAUCCACAUCUCAUCCAACAAAUGCUAUCAUUCAAAUCCCCUCUCAGCAACAUAUGGAGACCGCUCCCUCCCCAAUUGAUCAUUCUCUAGAAGCAUUGCCUGAAAAAAAUGAUUUGGAUGCAAAAAAGACAUGGAA